AUGUCGCUAGAGAAUUACCACUUCCCGUCCUCGCGGCUGCAAACCACCGAUGUCGAAGCCGGCAAGAUCCCGCUGGUGCUCGUCGCUUGCGGCAGUUUCUCGCCCAUCACUAUCCUGCACCUGCGCAUGUUCUCGCACGCCUACGACUAUGUUAAGGCCAACACGAACUUCACCGUGGUAGGCGCAUACUUGUCGCCUGUGAGCGAUGCAUACAAGAAAGCGGGGUUGGCUUCCUCAACCCACAGGUUACGGAUGGCCGAGUUGGCCGCGGAGGAGAUCAACAACACAACAGACUUCCUGAUGGUGGACGAAUGGGAGGCAGUACAGCCAGCCUAUAUGCCGACCGCAAAGGUGUUAGAUCACUUCGAGCAUGAAAUCAACGACGUCAUUGGCGGUGUAGAAAAUACCAACGGCCAGAAACAACCAGUCAGGAUCGCACUCCUCGCCGGAAGCGACCUCAUCCAGACCAUGAGUGCACCCGGAGUCUGGAGUCAAGACGACCUAGCCCACAUCCUAGGCAAGUACGGCGCGUUUGUGAUUGAAAGAGCCGGUACCGACAUUCAAGAAGCGUUAGGCAGUCUCAAGGAAUGGGAAGACAACAUCUACUAUAUUCCACAGUUGAUCACCAAUGAGGUCUCGUCCACCAAGAUACGACUUGCAAUUAAGCGCUGGAUGAACAUCGACUACCUCGUGCCGGCUACCGUCGUCAACUACAUCAAGGAGCACGGCCUUUACCAGGAUGAAGAUGGUUCGGCCACGGCCAAGCUGAAGGGCAAUGCUCGGUAG